AUGGCAUCACCAUCCGAACUAAGUCUGGAUUGCAAGCCCCAAAGCUAUUCCUUGCUACUCAAAUCUUUCGGAGAUCAAACUGAUCAGACCUACAAGCUUGAAGAAUUCCUCUCUCGCUUAGAGGAAGAACGUCUCAAGAUUGAUGCCUUCAAGCGUGAGCUUCCUCUCUGCAUGCAACUUCUCACCAACGCCAUGGAGGCUUCAAGGCAGCAACUUCAGGCCUUCAAAGUAAACCAUGGUGUAAAGCCAGUUCUUGAAGAAUUCAUACCCAUGAAGCACUUAGCCUCAGAAAGCUCAGAGAAGGCAACAAACAUGUCUGACAAGGCAAAUUGGAUGACAUCUGCCCAACUGUGGAGCCAAGCAAGUGAAGGAACCAAAGAACAACCAACAUUAACAUCGUCCAAAGAAACUGAUAUAGGCUUCAGCAUCAGCCCCAAGCUGGUUCUAGACAACAAACAGAGGAACGGUGGAGGAGCCUUCCUUCCAUUCUCAAAGGAGAGAAACUCCUGCCAAGGCUCUACAUUGCGACCUCUCCCUGAACUUGCCCUUGCCUCUGCAGAGAAAGAAAUGGAGGAUAAGAAACGUGCAGAGGUAGAAAAGGGAGUUUCAUGUCAGAAUAAGAAGGAGAAUUCUGGCAGUGAUGGAACUGUGGUUGAUCAAGGAAAAAGUGGUAGCCCGGUUGCAUCAUCUCACGCACAAACAACAACCACCACUGCGCAAACUCAUAGGAAAGCUAGAAGGUGCUGGUCACCAGACUUGCACCGUAGAUUUGUUAAUGCUCUCCAGAUGCUUGGUGGAUCACAAGUGGCAACCCCAAAGCAGAUAAGGGAAUUGAUGAAGGUUGACGGUUUGACCAAUGAUGAAGUUAAAAGCCAUUUGCAGAAAUAUAGGCUUCACACUAGAAGACCCAGUCCAAGUCCUCAACCGGGUCCAGCAGCACCACAGCUCGUGGUCCUAGGCGGAAUCUGGGUCCCACCGGAAUAUGCCACUGCCGCACACUCGGCCACCCCCACUCUCUACGGUGCCCACCCAACCUCUCACGCGCCUCCGCCACACUACUGUGCGGCCACUCCCGUGCCGCAAGAGUUUUACACUGCGGCGCCGCCGCCGCAGCUGCUUCCGCCCCCGCCGCCUCACCACAACGCGCUGCACCACCUGCACAUGUACAAGGCGGCGGCACACGGCCGCGGGUCGCCCGAAUCCGACGUUCCCCGCGGCGGAGAUCGGUCGGAGAGCAUCGAGGACGGGAAGUCGGAGAGUAGCAGCUGGAAGGGGGAGAGCGGGGAAAAUGAAGGGGAGAGAAAAGGGAUUGGUGAAGAGAGCAAUGGGAGUGAAAUCACUCUGAAAUUCUAG